AUGAUAAACAACGUACAAAGCGGAAACGGCCCAGACCCGCACGCCAAGGACUCCCGCCCGCGGGCGUGCCAACUCACGGAUCUUCUCUUUCUCUUCUGGAAGCAUGGAAACCUGACCAUGGCUGCAAAGCGCUCGCGCGCGACCUUCGAGGCCGAUCAGAACCUCCAACCUUACACAUUCUACGGCACUCCCUUGCCGCCCCUGGACUCCGACGCCCGCGACGAUGGUUCGUACACGCCCAUAUGGAACCAAGAGGUGAGGGACGAACGCGGAAGACGCAGAUUGCACGGCGCCUUCACAGGCGGCUUUAGUGCUGGGUACUUCAACACCGUCGGUUCGAAAGAAGGAUGGACUCCCGCCCAAUUCGUCUCGUCCCGCGAGAACCGCGCCCGCGAUGCCAAGCACGCGCCCCAGCGGCCCGAGGAUUUCAUGGAUGAGGAGGACAUCAAGGAUCGGGAAGAACGUCAGAAAAUCAGCACCUCCGAUGAUUUUGCGGGGUUUGGGUCCACGGAGGCCGAUGCGACUCGGCGCGCCGGUCUCCUUGAUCUGCUGAAGAUUGGCGGGGAGACGAUGGGGAUGAAGCUUCUGAAGAAAAUGGGAUGGCGAGAGGGUCAAGGCAUUGGCCCGAAGGUUCGACGGAGAGCUAACCUGGAAGACGGUACUCUGGGGGAAGAGACACACCUUUUUGCCCCCGCGAACCCGCCCUUGGUCGCGUUCGUACGCAAGAAGGACUUCAAAGGCCUCGGCUUCGAGGGUGAAGCGCGUCUAGAACGGCCUUCGGAGUCCGAGAACGAUGAGAAAGAAGACAGCGACUCCUUCUACGGGGAGCGGUUGGCCGCUACCAAGCCCAAGCCGAAGAAGAAACUGGGCGGGUUCGGUGUUGGCAUCCUCAAUGACACCGGGUCCGACGACGAGGACCCAUACUCCCUCGGCCCUCAAAUAUCCUACAACCGGAGAAUUGGCGGCGACAAAAAGAAACCCAAAAAGGUUGCAAAACCUCCCACCGUAUCGGCUAAUCCACUCAUCGGCCCAAGGCCGGUCUACAUUUCUAAAAAGGCUGCGGCUGCUCGGAGCGCAGGUUCCCUUCGAAAGAGCCAAGAUGGACGAUUGCCGCUGGACGGAUUCAUCCUUGCCGAUCGUCUCUCUGAUUUAUCUGUCUCGGAAAAGAUAUACGAGCCGCCUAAAAUCCCCGAAGGUUGGCAGUCUGCCAAAAAGCCCCCGAGCUCCUCUCAUGCAGAAUAUGUCUCUACUGCAGAUGCCGCCAAGGCAUCGUCACUGGAUCCUAAUUCCCGAGCUGCGCUCCUGGGCGAAGCCCAACUCCCAGGCAAGUCCGUCUUUGACUGGAUGACGCCCGAAGCACGGGAACGCCUGGUCAAGCUCACUGGCAACACCAAUCUGCCUCCGGCUAUGAGUGAGAAGGCCCCGAAGGGAUACGAGUUAUCAGAAGCCGACCGGCAAAAAGACAUAUGGGAUCUUGUUCCCAAGUUGGAUAAAAAACUUGCUGCGCAGGCCCUUGCGCGAGCCGUCAGCGGAUGGAUGCCCUACCAGGAGGAUGAAAAGAAGAGAGAACGGUAUCGAAAAUUCCUCGAAGUCCGCGCCGGGCUACGCCAUACUCUCCCCGAUCGAGUGCCGGGGUCCAGCACGGACGACUGGGUCCUGGAGAUGACCGAGUUCUCCCGAGCUGCGGAAGUUUUCAAACCCAUGACGGGGGCCAUGGCAUCCCGGUUCACAUCAGCGUCUUCGGGGCCGAAGAUAGCAUCCGAUGCUCCUGACUCUGACCCUCUCACUCGGCCCGCCGAGAAACCGGAUAGCCCGGCUGUGGCGGCGGCCAAGAUUGGCAUGUUCGGGCAGAUGACGCGAAGUACCCAUGAUUUCUAUCCUGCCCGGCUGCUUUGCAAGCGGUUCAACGUCAGGCCUCCCGAUCAUGUCCAGUUCGACCCUGGAGACCAGCCUUCCGGGCCAGGGGCAGGGAAAGGGCCGCGGUUCCAGUCUGGAGGGUACCAGACCCCGUCUGCGCCAAGGGAGCUUGUUUCGCAGGAAGUCAUGAACCUCAUUCUAGAAGAGUCCGGCCGGCAACCAAUGGCUGCGCCUGGUCCUGACCGACCUGGCGCUCAGACUAGACCUGCCGCGCCGCUCGAGCCCGAGCGCAACGAAGCUCUCGAGGCGGAACGGCCAGACGAUUCACUCUUCAAGGAGAUCUUCGGAAGUGAUGACGAGGAUGAAUGA